UCUGCUUUUCUCAGAGAACUUCAGAGAAGGACGGUAACACCAGCUCUAAACGAACUACACAUGACUCUUAUUUUCGCCUCCCCUCCCCAAUCCCCAAGGGUUUCCUAUGUGUAUUUCAAGAGCCAGAUACCCUUGAUAGAAGAACUGCUGGGGUUCCUCCCACAGUAAUUGCUUUAUCAGGCAGCGAGGUUUUGCUUUUCUAAGAGGCGAGCACCUGAACCCGAGGGCCAGCGUGGGCUUUGCCAAACGCUGCUUGGUCUCCGAGCCACCAGUGACAGCUAGUCUGUGUUUCAUCAGCUCCCCGGGGCUGCAUUUCACCAGGCCCCUUUGCCAGGGCCUCCCCGGCAGGCAGCGUCAACAAGUGUUGCACCUACUGCAGAAACAGCCCUCAAGUUUCAUCACAGUGAUGCUAAAAACUAUUCUCCAGCUUCAGCAAUGACCUAGUUCAUUCAAGGGCAGGGGGGAAAAAUGCUCUUCUUCCAGCACUUGCCUGGGCAUGGAAUUUUCUCUUAGGAAUAUAGGAGAUUUUCUGGAAACAGACCCAACUGUGCCUUGAAAACCUUUGGAAGAGACCCUGAACCCUGUUAAGUCCUCUGAAUCCCCAGCCCCAGGAACAGGGACGCCCAAUCAAUGCCUCACACGCAGCCUGGGGAGCCCACAGCUGAGCCAGCACCUCCUAUCACGUCUCUUGGACCAAAAGUAUUGAACAUCAGUGCCCCGUGGCUGGGAUAUGUGAUGACCGAACCAACAAUGUUCACGUGGCAUGAAAGGAUGACGGACUCAGGAGGGCCCCAGAGGUGCACACUUUGUUUCUUGUCUACAUUGCUUUCCCAGAAAAUUCCCGAGAAGUCAGAUGCUGUGCUUCGCUGCAUGAUAUCUGGUCAGCCCAAGCCAGAGGUUACUUGGUAUAAGAAUGGUCGAACCAUAGAUAACUGUGGCAUUGUCUCCAGUUAUGAAUUCUUCGAGAAUCAAUAUAUUCAUGUAUUACAUCUCUCUUGCUGUACCCCAGAGGACACUGCUGUUUAUCAAAUCUCUGCUAAAAACUGUUUUGGGAUGAUCUGCUGUUCUGCUUCCAUUGAAGUUGAGUGCUCGUCAGAGAACCUACAACUCUCUCCUAGCCCAAAAGAUGAGGGGGAUGCGGGUUGGAACCGUGAAAUGGAGACAUAUGAGCAGGAAAACACAAGUCAAAUUGAUGAGAAAGAACAUCCUUAUAGGGAAGAAGAACGUAUUGCCUCUGGUCCUCCCACAUCAGCUGAUUCCCCUUCCUCCCAAUUCGAUGGGCCAUGUUCACUUCAGUUAUUGGCCAAUAAUGACCUUGAUGUAUCCAGUUCUGAAAAUCUCUCGGACGUUAAAGACACAAGGCAAACUGAAGAGGCUUGUGAUCCAAAUCACAGAGAGGAAACUGCAGAUGGGUUGCUUUUUCCUAAUUCAAGUAAUAUUCCCAGUAAAGAAGGUGGGUUUUGCCACAGGAUCGUGCAUUCCAGAGUGUCCAGGUUAAUGGAGGGUGCCUUAGAGUGUAAUGGCCCUAAUGAGGAAGACUUAAACUCUAGCCACCACAAUCCCAAAGUACAGAAGUAUAUCAGCUUUAGCCUACCGCUGACGGAGGCAGCCUCAUCCACUUCCCCAGGUGACAGGUCCACGGUCAACAAGCCCAUCAGCCCACCGGCUUCCAGCAUAGACUCUGACAGUGAUUAUGAACUUUGCCCAGAGAUAACCCUAACCUACACUGAGGAGUUUUCAGACGAUGACCUGGAGUAUCUGGAAUGUUCCGACGUUAUGACAGAUUACUCUAAUGCAGUUUGGCAAAGGAACCUGCAGGGGACUGGGCAUGUUUUUUUAUUAGAAAGCGAUGACGAAGAGAUGGAAUUCCAUGAGUGUGGCCUGGGUGGGUGUGAGCGUUUCCUCAGUGAAAUGGGUUGUGGGCCUCUGGUGUCAGAUGACACGGGGCCUAUGGAUGCCACCACUGGCCUCCGUGGUCAUCACUCACCACCCCAAGAAGUGGGGGUGAGGAGCAGCCUUGCCUCCACGGGCUGUGCCUCAUCCCAGCAAACAGGGAUGACCCUGAUGCUGGGACCUCACCGGGAUGGGACGUCUAUGGUGACAGACCAGGAAAGAUCUAAUGCACCCGCUGCUUCAGAGGCUGCUGAAAAUGGUUAUUCAGGAAUUCCAGGAGAAACCAGAGACAGCCAGGCAGGAGAGGGAUUCGCCAGUGACAAUCUGCUAACCAUGGAUAAAGCUGUGACAGGGAGAAAGGGGAAGUGCUUGUCUGGUGAGUUUAGAAAAUCAGGGAUGAACCAGUGUUGGGAGAGCGCAGCUGAGGAAAGAGCAGCAGGAAAGGACUCCUUGAGCAGGAGGAGCACAGAGAAACCUGCCAGGGCCAGGCCACCAGGAGUUAAGGGAAGAGCCAGGAAGCUGAACCCCAACUUGGACGAAAGGGCUGCAGAAGCCUCCCUUAAUCGCCUCUGUCCCAAGGGACCUGUGAAGCACCCCUGCACCCCAAGUGAUCAAAGAGCGAGUUCCCACGCCAGAGCAGAAGCUACUGAUCUGAAUUCCCAGCUGCCUGCAGGAGGCUGUGCUGUUCCAGCCCAAGCAGAGCAAGGAGCAGAAACCCUCCAGACUCCACCAGGCUUGCUCCCCAGCAAAGGGAGCUUGGACUUCUGGGGAGAAGGAGUGUGGAUUAAAAAUGUAUAUGAAACAAGCCUGGUUCCAGAAAGGAGUGAUCAGCCUCAGGUGCAAAUUCAGGAAACAGGCAGGGAGCGAAUCUCUCUCAGCCAGAUGCCAGCUUUCUCAGAGUCUGCAUCCACUGGGACCACGACAAAUUCCUUCCCCAACUUGGGAGGGACCCACAAAGAAAAUGCAUCAUUGACUCAAUACCUGGAGGUUGAAAACUGUGCCCGAGACCCACAGCAGGAAGAAAACCAAGAUGGAGCAGGGCAUGCCCCUGGACGUUCCUGGGGAGACCUAGGACCUGCGCCGAACACCCCGGAAGCCAGUAGUGAAAACAUGCCCCUGUGCGAGCUGUCAGUACACUUCCCCCAGGGGAACAGCCCUGCCCCCAGAGGGCCCCAGCUUCCCUCUGUCGCUUCCCCUGAACUCGUACAUACCGUCCCCACCCUGGAAGCUCUGUGUGAUGGGCCAAGGGACAGAGAAGCAGCGUGGGGGACGGAGUGCCUUGAAGCAGGUGACCAGGAAACAUGUGAUACCAUGGGUUCUCUGGUUGGAGCCCCAGUUGGUAAAUAUUUGCCUCAAGAAAUUUGCUCCAUGGACUCUGAGCUGGCAGGUCAAUACAAAGUAUCAGAUUUAUGGUCCCCUGAUGACAAGACACUGGACGUCCUUUUGCAGACAGGAGGUUCUGAGCCUCCCUGGUCUACAUAUGAAAGCAGCAAGGAGAGGAACUCUGCCAUGCCCCCUCUUUUUAUCAGCACUUUCACUUGGAACCUUGCUCCCAGAGCCAGUAAAGAUGCCCCUGGGGACAAUCUAGCCAAAGCGGAGAAUUCCACCUCCGCAUUGGCCUCCAUGGUAAAGGCUGGCCAGGAGAGGUUGAGCCCCAGCAACUCAGGGUGGCUUGAGGAAAGGCAGCCUCCCUCUUCCGAGAAUGGCUCUCCUGUAGGCUUUAAAGAGGGCCGUGACGAGGGCUCCAGAGCCCAGGAAACUGCAGACACGUGGGCCAGUCAUAGCUCAAUAGUGUUUUCCCAGGAGACGCCAACAAUGUUAACUGCUAAUCUUGAGUGUGCUAAGGUGACCGGGGAGGAUGGGGACACAUCAGCUCUUAGCACUGCCACCCAAGUCCAUCCACUCAAAUACCUCCCUGUUUCAAUGGCUGGGAACAGCCAUGCGGGUGGCCUUGAGAGCUUACCUCGGGCCCCGGGAGAAAAUACUUCCCACCUUCCUCCCGAUACACAGUUGGGUCGUACUUUAAACAGUACUGCAACUGAAUCUUCAAAAGAGCUACCUCGGGUGGCUCCCAGUGGACCAGAAGCCCAUGUCUGUGUUCUUCAGCCCCCAGAGGGAAAGAGUUUAUGUGGCACUUCUCCUGUCCAGAUGGAUGACUGGUCUGGAAAGAGGCAGACCCUGCACAGAGCAGACGAUAGGAGCCUAGACGAGAACUUCCCAGAAAAAGGAAGUGAGACAACACAGAGGGCUCAGCAGGGUUCUCCUGACGCAGAUUUCCAAGAAAGUUUGCCCACAGCAUCUGUACAAGGGGAAAUAAAUCUAGUUCCCUUGGACAACUCAGCAGCCAACUCCAGGGAGGAGAGAGGGCAGAGCCCAGGCUUGGGAACUAGUGUGUCCAUGGUGGCAGAAUCUACCACGGAAAGUGCCAGGGGGGCUCUCAGCAAUGUUCCACCUCUCUGUAAUCUCCUUCCGGAGGGGUCUAAAGAGAGCGGUCCAGGCUAUGGGGAAGCUGGUAGAAAACUGAAGAUUAUAACUCUAGAGGCUUCUGUCUCAGAAACCUGGCCACCGAGACAAUGGACAGGUUCUAAGUGCAAUGAGUUGGAAGGUGGUCUCAUGAUCCCUGACAGGGUCUGGGCUGCCUCUGAUGUUCUAAAGGCAGGGGCUGCCAUGCCUGAGCUGGCCUCCCCUGAAGCAGCGUCAUCCUGCAGUCCUCGGACUGGGCCUGGCUCAGCCUCUGCCAACAACAGAGACAUCCAUGGAGGGAAAGACAAAGCCAGCAACACACACUGGAGCAGUCUGCCUUCCCAGUAUUUGAGCCAACCCAGACUCCUGGAGUCGUCUGUGGAUCCUGUGGAUGAAAUGGAAUUGUGUGUGUCGGACUUGCUACCUGAGGCUUCCAAAACUGGAAGGAGGGAAAAUGUUAAUGUGAGUCAAAAUCCCCUCGGGAUAGAGCGUCCUGCCUUCCUUAAACAGCUCUUGGCCUGCCCUCAAAUUCUAGAGUCCUCUGUAGAUCCCAUCGAAGGACCAGGUAUGAUGGAGUGGAAGGCCAGGGUGGAAACACCAGAGCUUCCUGAACCCCCACUGGAGGUCAGAGUGGAGAGGAAAUUGAAUAAUGGAAACUUCGCCCAGAGAGUAGAUGUCCAGCCCGCUGUCUGGCAAGUUCUGUGCCCCCAGCCAAGUGGGGAAAACAUUCCAAACGUAAACAGCAUCACCCAAGGUCAAGAGGACAGUGAGAGAGGGGAGGCAGGACAAAGUCAACAUGACAAAGCCAAGGGGGAUGUGCAGUCUGCCAUUUUGCCAGCCCUGGGUCCUGUUGAAGGAAGGGAGACCAUUCCAAGCAGAUGCAGCAGAAGCCCAGUAGAAGGCGGUAAUGAGAGGCGCUCGGGGGAGCCCGAACCCAGGAAAAAUGACAAAGCAGAAUUAGUUUUCCCCAUUUUACCUCUUUCUAGCCAUCUUGCGGUAAUGACUCCUGCAUCUGUUGGAGCUGAUAGUCACCAUUCCACAGGUCAAAGUCAUGAUGUCCCUGGGAAUGAUCUAAGGGAGCCCAGAAGCCAGAAUGCAUGUUCUGACUCAGAGAGGGGAGCUGUUAAGAGCGAAUAUGGGAGCCAUUUGCCCCCUUCUAGUGGUCUCACUCAGGGGGCUCUUAUGUCAUCUGAAGGCAGUGUCACAGACUUUUCCAGAAGCCAUGACAUUGAGGAAUGUAAAAUAGAGGGGCCCCCAAUUGGGGAAUCCAAGCCCCCAGGCACAUCGGGUUCCCCGACGGUGACACUGGCACUCAUUUCCGGAGAAGGCGCAUCAGAGAAAGUUCCUAAGGUGCUGCAAGGCCCUUGUCAACAGGGCUCCACCCUGGGCCAUGGGGAGAAGUUGGGAGAGGAGAAGGCUGGCCACGUGGUGGCCCAGGCUGGCAGCCUCCCAGGGGCCCCUCCGGCAGGGACAGGCUCAGAGAAGGUCAAGGAGAAGCAAGCAACCCCAGGGAGUGGGUGUUUGGCUGAGGGUGUAAAGAGGAAGAUUCUGUCCAGAGUGGCUGCCCUGAGGCUGAGAUUGGAAGAGAGAGAGAACGUGAGAAAGAAAACGAUUCUUCUUAAAAAGAGUCCUAAACUUGAACCCUCGGUAUCGAGCACCGAUGAGAAAGAAGACCCUCAAAGGCCUCCUUGCAAACCUGAGGGAAGAGCUCCAGUGUUGCUGAAAAAGAUCCAAGCCGAGAUCUUCCCCGACCACCCUGGAAAUAUAAAAUUAAGCUGUCAGUUUGCAGAGAUUCAUGAAGAUUCUACUGUCAUGUGGACAAAAGACUCAAAGCUGAUAGCCCAAGCGCAGAGAAGAGCGGGAGAUGACUCCGCUGUGUCCUUGGCCAUCGUUCAAGCCGGUCCGAAGGACCAGGGCCUCUAUUAUUGUUGCAUCAACAACAGUUAUGGGAAAGUGACAGCUGAAUUUAACCUCACGGCGGAAGUUCUCAAACAACUUUCGAGUCACCCGGAUAUGAAAGGAUAUGAAGAGAUCGAAUUCAGUCAACUCAUUUUCGAAGAAGACUUCCUCAAUGGUAGCUACUUUGGGGGCCACCUGCGUGGUCAAAUUGCCACGGAGCAGCUGCAUUUCGGGGAAGGGGUCCACCGGAAGGCCUUCCGAAGCACAGUGAUGCAAGGUCUCAUGCCGGUCUUCGAGCCUGGUCAUGCCUGUGUGCUCAAGGUACACAACGCUGUCGCCUACGGGACCAGAAACAACGAUGAGCUCAUCCAGAGGAACUACAAACUUGCUGCCCAGGAAUGCUAUGUUCAAAACACUGCCAGAUGCUAUGCCAAGAUCUACGCCGCAGAAGCACAGCCUCUGGAAGGCUUUGGAGAAGUGCCAGAGAUCAUUCCUAUUUUUCUCAUCCAUCGACCUGAGAACAACAUCCCCUAUGCCACAGUGGAGGAAGAGCUGAUCGGAGAGUUUGUGAAGUAUUCCAUCAGGGAUGGGAAGGAGAUAAACUUCUUGAGAAGAGAAUCGGAGGCUGGUCAGAAAUGUUGCACCUUCCAGCACUGGGUCUACCAGAAAACAAGUGGCUGCCUCCUGGUCACAGACAUGCAGGGUGUAGGAAUGAAGUUAACAGACGUUGGCAUAGCAACGUUGGCUAAAGGGUACAAAGGAUUUAAAGGCAACUGUUCCAUGACUUUCAUUGAUCAAUUCAAAGCACUACACCAGUGUAACAAGUAUUGUAAGAUGCUGGGGCUGAAGUCGCUUAAAAACAACAACCAGAAACCGAAGAAGCCAAGCAUUGGGAAAAGCAAAAUUCAGCCAAACUCCACAACCGUGAAGAAGCUGGCGUCUGGGGCCCCAGUGGAAAAGAGAACCUAACAUGUCCUGUUAAUGGACAGUCACCAUCUGGCAGCACACAGCCUUGUGGGGCGAAAUCUGAAAACACCCAGAAGGGAACACGUAGGCUGCAGAGGCUCGUGUGAUCACCCCCUUUCCCAGCUGCCUGUGCUCCAAGUGCCUCCACAGCCGUCACCUGCUGUCCCCACUGAGAUGAUUUUUGGAGCAGGAUUUGUGACCAGACCGAGGGAGAGACUGAACUGUCCGUCUCCAAGAAGUCCAUUUUGUCUCCACCUUUAGCAUUGGUGUACUGACCUCACAUUAUGUGUCUGUGUCUUUGCACUUGGUUGUCUUGUCAAGGACUUGGUCCUGAGCAGGGUCUGUCCACAGCCCAGAUCCUCCCCGUCCCCAUGCCUAAUCUUGGGAUUUCUAGACACUUCUAGCUUCUCUAGCAACAGAAAAUAUGAAUCCCUUCAUUGGGUCAAGCUGUUGCACUAGACUCGAUUUUGCUGUUGUGGCUGGAGGGGGCUCCCGAAGCGUCAGGCCAUUUCCCAUCGUGUUUCACAAUCCAAGGAUAAUGUUCUGUUUAAUUAAAUUCAUCUUUAGACAAAAAGCGUAAGGUGCAUAUAUUAGCAUAAACACUAGUUCUUUGGAAUUGGUGCCCUAUUUCACAUUUCCCCUGGAUUAGUAAUUUAAUUUCCUAAUACGUCUACCGAAGCACAAAAUACUUGCAUCUGGGUUGUUCCCUGACCUUAUAGGUACUACUUGGGUUUGAUCCACUUUCUCCUUUGCUCUCUAAAUUCAAGCUCCCUAAACCCAGGGCUGCCCCAUGCGGGAUAACUCUGGAAGGUGGGUACAGAUCCUGGCUGGGGCAUGAAAGCUCCCGGGGUCCAGCCCCUCUCACCUAUUCCGCUGGGGUCUUCUGCAUACCAGUCUGGGUCCUGCCCAGCUCCGGAGCAGAAUGGCCACAGCAGGUCACACUGGGCAAGAGGAAACGUUGUAAAGACAGUUCAGCCCAAACUGUGUGAGAAAUGUCUCCAGCUGGGCCCCAGCAGUGUGUAGCUGUUACUGUCUAAUCAAUAAGACUAUUUUUUGGAGCAGUUUUACUUGUACAGAAAAAUGCCUGGAAAGUACAGGGAGUUCCCACAUGGCCCCUUCCCCCCAUUCCAUUAUUUCCUUCAAGUAUUAGUCUCUUAACUAGUGUGAUGCAUUUGUUAUAGUUGAGCCAAUAUCGAUGCAUCAUGAUUCAUUAAAGGCCAUAGUUCACGGUUCACUCUGUGCUCUCAUCCUCAGGGUUUUGACACACUUACAGUGCCGUGUAGCCCCCAUUACAGUAUUGCAUAGAAUCGUUUCACUGCCCUGAAAAUCUGGGCUCCACCAAUUCAUCCCUCCUUCCCCGGAGACCCAAGUCCUGGUAGCCACCAGAUGUUCUACUGUCCCUGUAGUUCUGCUUCAUACAGAAUGUCACAUAGGAUCCUACAGGUUGGAGCCUUUUCGGAUAACUGGUGGUUCUUUAAGGUGAUUCAGCUGCUGCCUGACCAUUUCUGGGAGGAUUCUUAGGCCUCCUCUGAGGAGUUUUUUCAAAUUUGAAAGUGGCAAUGAACUCCCUCACCAUUUCCUUGUGAAAAUGCAGGCUCUGAUUUGGUUGGUCUGGGGUGUGGGCCUGUGACCCUGCAUUUCCAUCAUGCUCCCAGGGAGCCUGCCUGCUGGCCCGGGGCAACCCUUAAGAGGGGUGUCUAGACCACAGGGAGAGGGGGAUCCUGAGAUGUUGAGGGGAGUGACUGCACCUGGAGGUCAAACAGCAGUCAGCUGAAGGAAGCACUCGGCUUCUGAUCUGGGAGGCAGCAGCUUGGUGAUGGGAGAAAUACGAGAUGCUGGCUGUGUGCAGCUGCUCCGGGGCGGUGGUCCUCAAUAGGAGGCUUGAGGCUGCUUCUGCUUUAAAACACACUCUCCCUGGGCACGGGGUUUAGAUCAAAAAGAGAACCUAGAUGGAAUUUUUGUUUUCAUUAGAGAUCUGAAGGAGAAAACACUUCAGCUAGUCAUAGCUCAUCUUUUUCAGAAAAUCUGCUAUCUCCAGCUUUUCUUCUGAAGAUAUUCCCCCAGCUACAGAUUACAAAAGGCUCUUUUAUUUAUUUAUUUAUUUAUUUAUUUUUGUGAGGCAGCCAGUAGCCUGCUUUCCCCACCGAGAUCCUACAGAUGUAUUUGGCAGUGGUGUUCUAGAAAGCUCCAUGAUAACAAAAAGGCACAGGGCACAUUUUGAUUGAAAUGAGUGUAUAUACAUCAGUGUGGGUGUGACCAAAAACCCUCUCAGCAGACCAAGGAACUUUCUUUGGUCAUAAUUUGUAAUGAUAAAAACAAUAUCAACACACAUGUUUAAAAAUCUUAAGAAACAUAUAAAAAGGUGCAAAAUGAAAAGUCAAAGUCAUCCUGAAACCCCCCUCCCCCCACCGUUGGCUUUGAAUUUGGACUUGGAGAGACAGCUGAAGGGAAAAGGUUUUCUCCCAGAUUUGGUGUUUUGCAGGCAGCCCGUGGGAUGGCUUGGAUGGAGCUGUUCCUUCCUCCUCUUACAGAUGCUUAGAUUAUUUUUCAAAGUGCCCUUAUUUAUCAUAAUCUGAUUUCAUCUGUUUAGAAACACUUGGAAGAACAGGGACAGAAGGGGUGCCCGCAGUGGGGGAUUUGUCCCAGCCAGCACUCCCAGGGACUGCCUUUGUGGGGCUGUGUGGGCAUCUGUCCAGCCACUCAAACCUUGACCUCCUGUUCUGAGAUAAAUGGUGGUUUUUCCUCGCACAGAUAAUAGCCGGAGUGCAUUGUGAGCUCUUGCACCAAAGCAUUGUUCUGGGGCAUUUUUCUAAUCGUUUUGUACCACAUCCAGACUCUACGUUUUUUCUCUUGUCUCAGUAAGGGUAAGGGGUUCAGAGGUCCAUAAACACAACAAACUCCACCUGGGACUGAGCUCGGGUGGCCUGGUGGGUCCAGCUGGGGCUUCUGUGCCAGAUGCCUGCAGGGUGGUCAUACACAUAGAAGCCAGUCUGUUUCCUGAAGGGCUUGACAUUGGAUCCCUGAUGGGCAAAUGACAAAAAUAGAUGAACCCCUCAUUAAAGUAGGCUUGCGUUUUCCACAGCAGGUCUAUCACUAAUGAGGAUGGCAGAGAGAUGAUGACUUCUUGCCAAUGGCAUUGUGUUCUGGGGAGGUCUGGUUUGAGAUGUGUGGCUGGCUGGCUGGUGUGAAUAUUUCAUGUUUUCUUAUUGUACCAGCAUCCCCAGCCAUGCUUCUUAUAAGCCUCACAAUAGCAAAGGGUUCCAAUGGAUUUUACUAUAAAAGAAUGCCCAACGAAGUAAUAAUUAUUUUCUAAUUAUAAAGUGCUCUCUUUUC